GCCCUCUACAGGGACGUCAUGCAGGAGAACUACGAGACGGUGACCUCGCUGGGAUUUCCCCUUCCCAAACCUAACCUGAUCACCCGGCUGGAACGUGGGGAAGAGCCGUGGGUGCCUGAUCUCCAGCCCUGUGAGGAAAGAGGGAUCCCGAGAGGCACCCACACAGCAGGCGACAAGAGAAUGAGUGAGAACGAGGAGGGGAAUCAACAGCAGGAAGUUCCUGGGCACAGGGAAUCACAGGGGACCUUUGUGGGAAGACCCCAUAUGUGCUUAGACUGUGGAAAAAGCUUCAUGCGGAGGGGGCAUUUGAGUCAUAAGACUGAGAUCUCCAGUCCCCUCUGCACUGCCCUGAUAUUGAACAUUUGGACAUUGGACUAGAACGUGAUGAAAUGAUUCUGAAAAGGACUCUUUUCAAUUCUAACGCACCAUCAGUGGUUUGAGCAUUGGCCUGCUAAACCCAGGGUUGUGAGUUCAAUCUUUGAGGGGGCCAUUCAGGGAUUUGGGGAUUGGUCCUGCUUUGAGCAGGGGGUUGGACUAGAUGACCUCCUGAGGUCCCUUCCAACCCUAAUAAUCUAUGAUUCUAUGAUCUCUGUGGUGAAACAGACCUAAGGACUCUAUUCAUCUUUGUAUGUCUAAUGACCUUUGAGCCAAUACUGUCUUUUCUUCUUUUAAUAAAAAGUAGUUUCGUUAACAAGAA